UGAUGACGUCGGACCUGCGUGCACCGCUGGUUACAUCACGGAGCCGGCGCGUUACUUCCUGCUGAUGCUAAGUGCGACCUGAAAAGACUCGUAACGAUAAAACCGACUCCGGACACUUUCCUCGCAGUUGAUUCGGCCAGAGACACUUGAACCAAACAGUCAGGAUGUCUACCUACACUGAGAAUGAGUCCAAAUUCAUGCGGAAGGCCAGGGAGAAUCCAUUUGUUCCAGUGGGACUUGCAGGGUUCUUCGCCAUCGUCGGGUACAGACUGUUCAAAAUGAAGAGCCGAGGGGACACCAAAAUGUCAGUGCACCUGAUCCACAUGCGAGUAGCUGCUCAGGGCUUUGUGGUGGGAGCCAUGACUCUUGGAGUCCUAUAUACAAUGUACAGGGAUUACAUUGUCAAGCCCAGAGAACAGAAAGCGGUAGAAAACAAGUGAACCAUGGCCUCCUACACUGGUUUUAUGUCCCUUAAUAUAUAUACCUCAUGUUAAGGUGUGUAGAGUGUUUAUCUUCACAGGUGCAUCAUAUCUUUUGUAUGCACGCACCCCGUCAGCAGCUCACCUCCUACUGUAAAUAGAUGUAAUUUAUUGACUACAGUUCUGAACUUCUAAGUAGUACCCAGCUACCACUUCUGUGUUGAGAGUGAGGUGUACUGGUCUCAGCUGUUUGAACACUGGUCACUCUGUGUGGGUUUGUGGAUAUAAAACCAGCAGGUGUGAUAAGUCUGGAGGGGUUUUUUUGCCUCUUAACUUGAUUUUUGAGUGAAUGAAAGUAUUUUUUUUUUUUAAAUGUAGCAUAUUUGAAAACAGUGUGAGCAGGUUGAGUCUGGAUUAAAAGACAACCAGAAAUACCAGGAAGCCUGAUCAGUAUAUUUUGGGGAUGUUUUGCCAAACGAAAUGCUUGUUUGUACCUUAGCCUUUAAAAAAAAAAAGAAAAGAAAGGCAUCUUGAGGAAGACGUUGACAACACUGGCCUGGGCUCUCACAUUCAUAAAACUAUGAGAAGACAAGAAGUUUUUGACUCACCAUAGCAUCACUCCAUAAAACCUGUUUUGAAUAAUCACAAUAAAAUUAAAAAAGAAAAAAGUAAGCCAUCUUCAAACCAUAAAUGUAAAAUAUAUAGUUUUAUACAAAUUGAUUAUAAAGGACACGUCUUUUUUUCAAAUUUCUCUCAUGUUGUGAUGAAGAGUCCAGUAUCACAAGGUCUUUUGAGACCUACAGUAUAAACCAACUGACAUCAAACCUACAGACUGUGCAGUAACCCAUAUGAUAUCAUUUCUGCUUAAAUAGAUGCCUUGUUAAGUUAUAAAUGAAGUGGAGUUUUGAAUGUUGUGUGCAAAUACAGAAGAAAGUUAUUUUUUAAUAUUUGUUUCUUUUCUUUUUCUCUCGAAAUAAAAGUGGCCAGUCUUCUAAUUAUGAAA